CGCUCUUUUACCUUAUUUCGCUUGUGACAUAGUAAUGACACAAUCAUAAUUAUAGAAAUGAAAAAGAAUCGAUGGAAGAAUCUUUAUAUGAAAACUAAAAGAAAUAUUUAAAAAUUUUGUAAAAUAUUAACUAUAUUUAUUUUUAACAAAAUUAAAUAUUUUACUCACGAAAAUAGAAUUUAUUGUCAGGAUAAGAGAAAAAAGUGUGCUUUAAUUUUUUUGAAAAUCUUGUAACACCUUUAGACUUUGCUAUCUAUUAUAAGACGGAAAAGAAUUUCAUUACGUUUUAUCAUUGAUUUUCUCUCUUUUUUAAAACGAUUAAAUCACUUUAUCUUUGUAGAUGUAUUACGCAAUUUUACCAUCGAUACGACCCACUUUGACCGGUCAGUAGAACCAGGCAAACACUCUCUAUGCGCAAGUCAGACAAAAUGUUUAUCCUACCCGCUACCAGAUGUCCCUGGAAAUUAUUAUCGUAUAGAUCGCGAAGAGGGUAGCUACCCCUGCGUGACCCGAAGGGAGUCCAUCCCUAAUUUUCACAGACAGUGAAAAGCAUCGCCGCAGCCGCGCAUAGCACAAUUUUCUCGUUGCACACAUGCACACACAAGCAUAACACUUAGCCGAAUGCGCGGUCAGAAGGUUGAUGGGGGUUCUGUACACCCAUACAUGUACACACACGAGUACAUUUUUCAUCCCUCAGUCGUAGCUUAUCAUAUACCUAUGUUAUAACCUGUGAUAAAGUGCCUCGAAAACGGAUUUCGCUCAUACGUCAUAAGCUCGAAUUAAUUUCCUGAAGAGCAAUUUCUGCGAAUCGCCAAAAGAGCCAUUGAAGCCGUUUAAGACUUCGCUAUAACACUCGUUAAAAUCGCACCAAAUUAAUCGACGAUUAUCGGCGAUCGCCCUCGUUCUUUUUGGAAUACCUUCGCGCGGAUCCACGAAGAAGCAGAAGCUCGCAAUGCGGGGGAUCGACUCGCGAUAUCUAUAAAUCAGCGCUCGCGUGCAUUUACGAGAUGCCGUUUUAUAACUAGCCGUCUGUCACGUGACAAGUUGCUAUAUGUUGCUAUAUGCCGAAUACGUACAGUGGAAAUUGAAGUGGUGCGGGACAGUCGCUAGACAUCCUCGGUCGCUGACGCAUUAACUGCCAACUACUGGGCAGUUGCCACCUCUGAAAGAGAGAGAGAGAGAGAGACAGAGAGAGAAAACCGGCUUUACAUCCGCCGAGGGUUGCGUUUACGCAUGCAUUUAAUCCGGCAUAAACUGCAAACGAAGGAAAUUACAACCUAUGUCAGCGAUUACUGAAAGUUGAUUCAGACUGCAAUAGAGAAGUGAGAAAAGUUAGAGGAAGUUUGUGAGACCAUGCCGAACAAACAGGAAGAAAAUAUACGUUUGGAGUUGAUCGACUCUCAGAAUUCUAAGGAGAACAAAGAAAUUGAUACAUCUUCAAUAACUAAUGACGCGUUAUUUUUAAGCGACAAGAUUUCGAAUGACGUAGACAAUGUCGAAGCCGAAUUGUCUUCGAAUGCUCAGGAAACCGUAGCAUCUCCAAACUCUGUGGAUGUCACAGAUGCGGAGAAUUAUGAUCCUCAUCAGCAUCGGAUCGUACCAAAUCCAACUACAAAUUUGGAAACCUUGGUCCACUUGCUGAAAGGAAGUCUCGGCACGGGGAUCCUGGCAAUGCCGAACGCGUUUGGCAAUAGCGGCUACCUGGUUGGUAUCGUAGCUACGGUAAUCAUAGGAGUGCUGUGUACCUACUGUUUGCACAUACUCAUAAGGUCGCAGUACACAUUGUGUAAACGAUUAAAAGUUCCUAUAUUGAGCUAUCCGCAUAGCAUGAAGCACGCUCUCGAGCAAGGUCCUCAAUGCUUGCGACGGUUCGCCAAAUAUGCCCCAUGCUUCAUAGACAUCUUUAUGAUAACAUAUCAACUGGGAAUUUGCUGCGUUUAUAUUGUAUUUGUAGCAACAAAUAUAAAACAGGUAACAGAUCACUAUUGGACAACUUUUUCAGUUGAGACUCAUAUGCUUUUCUUAUUUGUUCCGCUGAUAUUGAUCAACUACAUUAGAAAUCUGAAGUUAUUGGCGCCGUUUUCAACGCUAGCGAACCUUAUCACAAUCGUCAGUCUUAGUCUGCUUUUGUCGUACAUGUUUCAAGAUCUACCAUCGAUCACCGAUAGAGACAUGUUUGGAUCAUUCCGAAAUUUUGCCCUUUACUUUGGAACUACGUUAUUUGCAUUAGAAGCUGUCGGUGUGAUUAUAGCUCUAGAAAAUAACAUGAAGACACCGAAAUCUUUUGGCGGCUAUUACGGUGUGCUAAAUAUAGGAAUGAGUGUGAUUGUUGUUUUGUAUAUAAUUAUCGGAUUUUUUGGAUAUUUGAAAUACGGAUCCGAAGCUGCGGGAAGCGUCACUUUCAAUUUACCACAGGAGGAAGCUUUAGCUCAAAGUAUUAAGAUUAUGUUCGCAAUUGCCAUAUUCAUCACGUACGCUUUACAAGCUUACGUGCCCGUCGAAAUUCUGUGGAACACCUAUCUGGAUUAUAGGAUAAAGACUCGCAAACUUUUCUGGGAGUACGUUUGUCGGACACUUGUUACCGCGGUGACAUUCGUCUUUGCGAUCGCUAUACCGAGGCUCGGCCUAUUCAUCUCUCUCUUUGGCGCACUCUGCUUAUCCGCUCUUGGCAUCGCUUUUCCGGCCAUCAUCGAGAUAUGCGUACUGUGGCCGGAGAUGAAUUUCGGCCCUUUCAAAAUCACGCUAAUCAAGAACAUACUCCUGAUCGCGUUCGGAUUGAUGGGUCUCUUGGUCGGCACUUACGUCAGCGUAGUGGACAUAGUAAGAUCGUUCGCUUGAGGAUAAGAUCCUGCCAGGUUGAUUAGAAUGAUAUAUCGAAGUACACCCGCGAGAUUUGCUACGAUAAUAGAAGAGCUGCGAGCAAGCGAAAAGUGCUUUUAUAAGCUGCAUCACCGCCAUAAGUUUACUUAGACUUUACGUUAAAUGAAAGAAGGAUAGAGACGCGCGCUAUAAAUGAUAGCGGUGGACAAAGGACUGUCUGAGAUUUCGCGACAACCUCCGAUCGCAAUCAAAUCGGAUGGUUCGAUCUGUGAUGAAAACUUUAAGUAUCGAUGAUGUAAUCGCGAAAGCAUUAUCGUCGCGCGUCUCUUGUAGAAAGUUUUUAUCAUCCACUUUAGAGAGAUGCAUUUUUUUCUAUGCAUUCGACUGAUCGUAUAAAGUACAGUAUAAAGUAUAUUUAAAUAUAUAAAUAAAUAUAUACUGUAUGUACGAACAGUUUAUUAUAGUACAUAUUGAAUUAUGAAUAUAUAUCGAGCGGGUGAAUUUACGAUAAAUUUCAAAUGACAAUUAAUUAUUCGCGCUUAAACUUUUAUCUCGGUGAUACGAGUACUUAGGAACACGAAUACGGCUGGCAUAUAUUUUUAUUUCUUUUUAAAAAUGUCGCAACAAAGUCGUAUUGUAAUAUAUACAAAUUCUAACGUAUAUCGGAAAUUCGUAGAUAAACAUAUUUUUUCGCAUGAAAAUUUUAUUCAUAUUGAUUAGAAAUAGGUAAUAAAAUCAGAAAGUAUGACAUUGCAUCAUCAUUGAUAUUUGAUAAGGAGGAUAGAACAAAGAUUUAACUGUAAUUUGUGAGAUGCUUUAUUUCUCUUGCCUAAAAAUAGUUAUUAUUAAAUAUAUAAAUGUAGGAUUAAAUUUUAUCAAUAAUAUGAUUUACGCGAUUAUAUUGUAUUUUAUAAUAACGCAAUUGUGAAAUCCUCAUUGUGGAAAAUAUUCUGAAUAUUACGUUGUUGAUAGGAAAUUGUAUAUUCUAAUCUCGUGAAAUUUUUCUAUAUUCUGCCAUUAUACAGUUUUAUCCCGGUUUUAUCCUGUUUUAUCUUUUAAAUUUUAAGAAAAAUUGUAAAAAAAAAAUUUUUUUCAAGAAGCAUCAACUAUAAGACUUGAGUCUUUUUAAAAACAUUGUUUUGACAAAAUAAUGUUCAAACAAUUAAAAAUGAAAGUAACGUAAGAAAUAAGUUAUUAUAAAUAUUAUAUAUAGACAUAUACGUUUCAUUUUCUAUCAUCGAAAUUGUUCUCAAAAAUGUUCUUCGCAGGAUAUACAUAUAUUAAAUGAAAGUAUAUUUCUAAGAAAUGUAAGUGCAAUACAAACAAGCAAAAGUGAAUCUAUUUAUGUAUACAAUUAUUGUGGAAAUAAUUUUAAACUAUAUUUGUAAUACGGACCAUAAAACAAUUAAUAAUUUUUUUAUAUAGAUAUUUAUAUAUAUCUAUCCAAAGAUCUAAUUCAUCUAAGUCGUCAAAAUUUGGCUUACUGUCACCAGAACCACUCAGACCACCUAUCUGUCGCAUCAUCUCUUCUAAAUCAGGUGGACUGUCUUCAUCGUCAGUAUCAUCUUCAUCCUUCCAUUUGUUGAAGUCGCUCUUUAAUCAGUGAGCCUUUGUUUUGUUCUUAAUUAGCCGUGGCCAAUAUGGUCCCUCCUCCUUCUUAAUAAUAAUGCAAAUUAUAAAUGUUCCAUGUUACGUUGUUAACUUUUUGCAUUUUUUAUUACGUUUUACUUUUUCUACGUUUUUUUUAUUCGAUGAAUAAUGUGAUUACUUUUACAAUAUGUUUUUAUCAAGUUUCUAAUCUCAUCAAUGAAAAAAAUAUUUUAUGAAUAUUUUAUUUCUUAUUAAAUUAUCGACUAUUCUAUUUCUGUCAUAAUGUUCAUGCGAUAUAUUUUAGACACACAACUUUGUAAUUUUCUCGCAUGUUUCAUUCCUGUGUUCAUAAAAUUUAAGUUUUUUUAGUCUUUAGUUCGUUCUCCUCAGGAUUCAUUUUCUUCAUUUUUUUUGACUGCUGGUCCCAAACUUUCUUCGCAGUAGGCCGUCUGAAAUUCCAACAAAAAUAUUUUAAUUAAUUUUCGAAAAUUACCAUAAAAAGUACAAUUGCCCGUGGUUACUUUUACAAUAUAUGUUUUUACGAAUAUCAUGCAAGACAUUUAAUAAGAUAUAUUUUUAUUUAAUACAUAUUUUAUCUAUAAUUUUAGUUUGCUCAACAUUAGAAACGCAAAUUCUCUUCGACAAAAUGCAAAGUAUUUAGCACGUCAAUUUAACAUAAUCUUAGACUGAAAAAAUAUUCAUUCAUUGUAAUGACGUAAAAUAUUUCUCAGGUUGCGGAAGCAAUAUCAACUCGAAAGUAUAUCUAAAUCAGAAGGUAUUAUAUUAAUAUUGUUGACUAAUAAUAAUUCUUCUUAAAGCAUUACAUUGUUGACAAGGAAUAAUGAAUUAUUGUUAUCUAAACAAAUUUUAAAUUAGUUUUACAAAUGAUGAGAAAUAUAAAAUCCUGUUAUUAGGAAUAUUUAUAAUUAAAAUUGUAUUGAUAUUUAUUGUAUAAUGGAGAUAUAUAUGUGUUAUAAAACAACACAUUUGGUUAAUUUUUAUGCGCGCCAUGAAUUAAUGCGUUACUAUCGACAAAUAUGUAUGUUGCCUCGCUCUCUGUAUCGCUCUGAGUAUGUAGUUGUUAUCAAAAUAAUAGCAUAAUACCAAACAGAACGAAUGAAAAUCUUUGCAACAAGCCUAUCAUUAUAGAUGCAAAAUGAGUAGAAGCAAUAUAAUGACUAUUAUAUUAAUAGUUGCGAUGCAAAUUGUAGAUUAGUAACGAUCUCACAAAACAAAUGUAAUGUACAUCAGACAUCGUUUAAUAUAUACAUUUUAUAUGAAAAA